GAGACGAGGUCUCGGUGCCCACCGAGAGGAGCCCACACGCAGACGCCCGUGAGUAGGUGAACCUCACGGUCAUGGUGCGGAACGUGGACAACCUGGACUUCCACCUGCCCUCGCACGCCCAGGAUGUGCUGGACGGCCUGCAGCGGCUGCGCUCGCAGCCCAAGCUGGUGGACGUCACGCUGCUGGUGGGCGGCCGGGAGCUGCCCUGCCACCGCGGGCUCCUGGCGCUGAGCAGCCCCUACUUCCACGCCAUGUUCGCCGGCGACUUCGCGGAGAGCUGCUCGGCACGCGUGGAGCUGCGGGACCUGGAGCCUGCCGUGGUGGCUCAGCUGGUGGACUUCGUGUACACGGGCCGGCUGACCGUCACCCAGGGCAACGUGGAGGCGCUGACCCGCACGGCCUCGCGUCUGCACUUCCCCGCCGUGCAGAAGGUCUGCGGCCGCUACCUGCAGCAGCAGCUCGAUGCCACCAACUGCCUGGGCAUCUGCGAGUUUGGGGAACAGCAGGGGCUGCUGGGCGUGGCCGCCAAGGCCUGGGCCUUCCUGCGGGAGAACUUCGAGGCCGUGGCCCGGGAGGACGAGUUCCUGCAGCUGUCCCAGGAGCGGCUGGCUGCCUGCCUGGCCGGCGACCUGCUGCAGGUGCAGCCAGAGCAGAGCCGGCUGGAGGCCCUGCUGCGCUGGGUACGCCACGACCCCCAGGUCCGGGCCGCCCACCUGCCUGAGCUGCUCGGCCUGGUGCACCUGGACGCCGUGCCCAGGCCCCAUGUGCAGCAGCUGCUGGCCUCGGAGCCGCUGAUCCGGGAGUCGGAGGCCUGUCGGGAGGCCCUGGCCCAGGGCCACGAGGGGGCACUGCUGGCCCUCCCGCAGAAGCUGGAGGAGGUCCUGGUGGUGGUGGGCGGGCGGGCACUGGAGGAGGAGGAGGAGGAGGGAGCUGAGGAGCUCGCCCCCCAGGCCGGGAACUUCGCCUUCUACCACACCAAGGCCAAGAGGUGGAUGGCCCUCCCGGACUUCCCCGACCAUCACAAGUGGGGCUUCUCGCUGGCGGCGCUCAACAACGACAUCUACGUGACAGGGGGCUCUCGGGGCUCCAGGACGGACGCGUGGUCCACGACGGAGGCCUGGUGCUUCCCCCUGAAGGAGGCUGCCUGGAGGCCGGUGGCACCCAUGCUGAAGGCCCGCACCAACCAUGCCAGCGCCGCGCUCAACGGGGAGAUCUACGCGGUCGGAGGCACCACUCUGGACGUGGUAGAGGUGGAGAGCUAUGACCCCUUCACGGACACCUGGACGCCCAUCCGCCCGGCCCUCAAGUACGUCAGCAACUUCUCGGCGGCCGGCUGCGGGGGCCGGCUCUACCUGGUGGGCUCCAGCGCCUGCAAGUACAACGCCCUGGCUCUGCAGUGCUACAACCCGGUCACAGAUGCCUGGAGCGUGAUCGCCUCGCCCUUCCUCCCCAAGUACCUGUCCUCUCCACGCUGCGCCGCGCUGCACGGGGCGCUCUACCUGGUGGGGGACAACACCAAGAAAGUCUACGUGUAUGACCCCGGGGCCAACCUGUGGCAGAAGGUGCAGCCCUUGCACAGCCUGCACGAGAACGGGGCUCUGGUGCCGCUGGGGGACGCGCUCUACGCCACGGGCGGCCGCUGGCAGGGCAUGGCUGGGGACUACCACGUGGAGAUGGAGGCCUACGACCGCGGCCGGGACGCCUGGGUCCGCCUCGGCGCCAUGCCCCGCCUCUGGCUCUACCACGGGGCGUCCGCCGUCUUCCUGGACGUCUCCAAGUGGACCCAGCCCUUCGGGCCCGCCCCGGAGCCCUGAGCCGCCCUGCAGCCCCCCUGGAGCAGGCCGGUGGAGCCCCCACCCUGGGGGACGGGCCCCCUUUCACUCUGGUUUGUCUGACGGCUCAGCAUUACCGGCCCCUCUGGGUCCAGGCUGGGUUCCGGCCACCGGGGACGACAGGGGACAGAGUCUUCGUCUCUGCGGCAAGACCACUCCAAGCUCAGAGCUGACCAGCGGCAAGGGCUGGGCCUCUGGACGCCUGGAAGGAUGGGAGAAGCUGCGCGCCUGCUGUGGGGCGUCUGAGACCUCAGAGCAGGGAGCCGGGCCCUGGGGAGCAGCGUGAGAACUCGUGAUCUGUCUGAGGACCAGCCACUCUGGGCCAUGUGUCCCAUGGCUGGUGGUCAGAGGGAGCCACACAGAUGAGGGUGACCGCGGGGGCCCGGGAAGCUGGGGCUGCAGAGGGUGGGUGGCACCGAGCGAAGCACCCCAAGGUGGGGUCAGCGCCCGCCGUGCUGGGCCUGCUUCUACCUCACAGCUGUGUGACCCCGCUGGCCGCCCACCCUCUCUGCUCUUAGGCACACGGGGCUGGCUCGGGAGGGGUCUCCCAGCCCCCAGGCUUACACUGGCACCUGGUUUCCAAAGGCUGCUUCUGGGGAAAUAGGAGGUCCAGCUCCUUCUGGGUCAGCCCCCCUGAAGGGCAGCACCCACAGAAACAAAGAAGGAGGUGAGGGGUAGGGGCUGGGAUAGAGAGUCUUUCCGCUUGCCGGGGGUGGGGGGCGGGCUGGGGGCAGAGAGGGCAGCAAGGCUGCCCAG